AUGUUAAAUAAUUUCUUAAAUAAAUAUAAGUUUGCAUUUACGUAUCCAUGUCCUAGAAAAUUGAGAGAAAUUGUUAAAAUGUCUUUGUUUGAACGUGAAUCAAAAGAUUAAGUUAUUUCAUUAUGGAUGGAAUAUCAUAAAGAAAAAUAAAAUAAUGUUGCUUAUGUUGUAAGCAAAGAUGAAUAUGAAAUACUUAAAAGAAAUACAAAAGAAUCUCCAUUAUUUUUAUUGCCUAUUAAAAGAAAAGGAGGACAUUUCUAAUUGAUUGGAUAAUCAUAAACUAAUAGCAUUGUAAAUAUUAUUCAAAAUAUUAGUUAUUUACUUUUUUAGAAGAAUAUAAAAGAUCUGGGUCUUUUUCAUCUCCUUAUUUUAUAUUAACUAUUUUUGAAGAAUUAUUGUCAUAAAAAUAAGUAGCAUUAAUAAGAGGAGAUAUAAUGGAUUAUAAAAUAGAUAAAGAUGAGGCUACUUUCUUAACUAAUCAAUUUCUUUAAUUUUAUAUGACACCUGAACUAUAUGAAAAAUACAUCUAUACACUUAAUCAUAAAUAACAUGAAUUCAAUUAUGAUGAUUUUAAAAAUCAUUUUUAAAUAUGA